AUGGCGCCGAACCUCACAGAAGACGAAAUCGAUGACGUGGUGUACUUUGCCAGAGUAGGCGAAGAUGAAGAUCUUGUUGAGACCCUGAAGACACUGUCAGAGCGCGAGAAGGUGUCACCAGCUGAGAUCCUGUUGGCCGCCAAGGAUGAGGGCAAGUCAACGGCUUUACACAUGGCGGCAGGAAACGGUCAUCUAGAGACUGUUCGCAAACUCAUUCAGUACUUUGAUGAGAGACCCAAGGAGGAGAAGCAGGCUUUCCUGGACGACGCCAAUGAGCACGGAAACACUGGUCUGCAUUGGGCAGCGCUCGGCGGCCACCUGGAUGUCGUCAAGCUUCUCAUGGCACAGGGCGCUUUGCCGGCAGUGGCCAACGAGCGAAACUACGUCCCUCUCGACUUGGCCUACCAGAACGAGCACAACGAGGUGGCGCAAUUCUUUCUGGCCUCUGCGGGCAUGUUGGAGGAGAAGAACCAGGAGAGUGGACUGAAUGGUGCCGUUGAGUCGGUCAAGCUUGAGGAUGGAGAAGGCGUGGAGGAGAACGAGGCUUCAGCAUCAUGA